GAAUUUCUAAAAAUGAUGCUACAGCUUUUGAUCUUUAUUCACAAGUUUCUAAUAGUGAGUCAAAAUACAAAUACGAUGCCAAAAUUUGGCUAGCAUUGUAUUUUGAUAACGAAAAAGAUUAUCAAAAAGCUUUUGAAUUUUAUUUUGACAUUUAUCGCAGUAAACCACAAAAAAUUAGAGGAAUUAAAUUAUUGUUGGCAGAACGUGUUAAAAGUGGAUUAAGUGAUUUUAAUAAAGAUAAAAAGCAUUUGAAUUUUACUCCGAUCUCUAUAAAAAUUGAUGAAGAAAAAGUUUACAAACUUGAAAAUGAAGCUUUAAAUUAUGAAAAUAACAUUAACAAAUAUUAUAGCUAA